AUGUCGUCAUCGUCUCAACGACAAUCUAGUAGUUAUUCACGGAGAGUGCCUUUCAAUGAUGAUACUAACAAAAAAUCAUCAUUCCGAAACCAGCCCAAUCAAAAUGUGCCACCCUUGAAUCGUGGCCGAGGAUAUAACGAGCAUCAAGCUAGAGGAGGCGAUGCAGUACCAAGCAGAGGUGAUCCCAGACACACAGAUAAUCGCAAUGACGGCUAUAAUGGAAGAGGAAAUGAUGUCCGAGCUGACAAUAAUAAGAGAGAACAGCCAAGACAUUUUGGACGGGGCAAUCGAGAUUCACCACAAUAUCAACCAUCUCAGUCGCAGAGACAUGACCCUAAGAAACAUACAGGAAGAGAAGAACAAGGGCCUAGUGGUUCCAAUAGAUAUGAUUCGGAGAGAAAUAGAAAUGAUCACAGAUCUGACAUCAGAGCUAAUCACGGAAAUAGGGACAACAUGGCUGGUUAUGAUCCCAGACGCAAUGACAGUAGAACAGGUAAUAAUUCUUCAUACUAUAACAAAAACAGAGCAAACGAUACUCCAAUCGAGAAGAGAGGUAUGAAAAGACCAAAUCAAGAACACGGUGGAGGGCCUUUUAAGCAGCAAAAGAAUUCUGAAGAGUAUAUUCCAAGAUCUCAGAGACAACAAACACAACAACAACAACAACAACAACAACAACAACAACAACAAUUUACCUCACGUAAACCUUACAACAAUAAACCACAUCAAAAGAACGGUUUUAACCGCAGACCUGACUCCAAGCAUUCUCAACCUAAAUUUGAAAAAUCACGUUCGUCAUUUCAAAAUAGAGGCAGGGACAAUGACUCGGAUCAGUCUGGCGAAGCAUAUACCCCAUCAUUCAAAAGAAGCGAUGAUGCAACGUUUUCUGGGCAGCGCAAAUUUGAACCACAGUCGACCUUGGCAAGGGCACGUACCAUGUCAAUUACCCAACCUAAACUGAUAAAUGAAAUUUUAAAAGAGAUUAACCGUUUGCAAACUCACGUACAAGAGCUCCAGUCUGUUCAACCUAUAGAAGAAGUCAAAGUGAUUGAUUCAAAAUGGAACAGAAUCCCUGAAGGAUUUGAGAAUUUGUCUGCUGCCAGAGCAAAGUUAUCAGGAUUGUUUCCAUUACCAGGAUACCCACGUCCAAUUGAUUUCACUAAGUUAGAAGGUGCAAUCAAAAAUAGAUUGAACAAUUCCGAUGAUAUUUUGAAUGAAACUUCUCGAAUCGACCCUAUUGAUUCGAAAGUUGCCAGAACAUUGAUCAUCAAAAAUGAUUUAUCACAAAUCAAUUAUUUGAAACUUGUGGAGUUUUUCAAUGAUUAUUUGAAAGCUAUUGAUUUUGAAAAAGGGUCUGCCACUAAUAUUCAAAAACAUAGAAAAGCUGCGGAUAAUAAAUAUGCCAUCAUUGAAUUUAACAAUGCAGAAUGCGCAACAAUCAUAUAUUCUUUGAAUGAAACAGAGUUAUUGUUCAAUGCUUAUAAAGAAGAGAAAGCUCCUGAACGACAAAAGGAAAAAUUUAAGUUAUUGAUUGCUAGACCUGGCGAGUACGUGGUUCAAGAUUUGGAGCCUGCUAAAUCAGAUGAGAUCGAGGAAGUUGUGAGAGAUAGUUCAAGAAAAAUUUCAUUAACAAUAGCACCCAACUCAAGACCGAAUAAAGUUAUUGAGGCAUUGGAAAAGAAUGUAGCAGAAUUGCAGGGUAUUCAGUUUUUAAGACAAAAAGGAACAAAGGAAUUGCUUGGGUUGGUAUUUGUUGAAUUUAAAGACACCCCCAUGGAUGUGAUCGGAAAAUUGAGAAGAAUGCCCUUUAUAACCCGAGCCUUUCAUUCAUGUGUAUUACCUGAUAAGACACCAAUUCAACAUGGUCCGGUUGAUUUCCACAGUUUGAAAAACCUAGUGGGAAAUAAGAAUGUGACGCCACACCCACUGCUGAGAGUUAUUCGAUUGUUAAAUGCAGUUUCUGAAUCAGAAUUGACAGAUAAUGCCACCUACAGUUUUAUCAAAAAUGACAUGUAUAAUGAAGCAUCCAAAUACGGUGAGGUUGUAAGUAUUCGAAUUCCUAGACCUCCCCGUAGCCAUACACCAGGCAUUUUACAAUUCAACACUUCCACGGGUUUGGGUACUAUAUAUAUUGAGUUCAAAGAUGAAAGGACGGCAUUGGCGGCCAUGAUGGAAUUGGCAGGUAAACUGUACAACGAUAGAACUGUGUUAGCCACUUUCUACGAUUUUGAUGAUUUUUUGACGCUAAUAUAG